UUUGUGUACAAUUUUUUCAAGAACAAAAUAACUGGUAGCAGUGUGUGUGUGUGUGAGAAUUAGCCAAGAUCUGUGAUUUUUCUAGGUAGAUCUGUUGGUGGGGUUUGUUGAAAAAGAUUCAAUUUUGAUCUUGUUUAGAGAAAAGAUGAAUAUAUUCAGGCUUGCUGGGGAUAUGACCCAUUUGGCUAGUGUUCUUGUUUUGCUUCUCAAGAUCCAUACUAUUAAAUCUUGUGCUGGUGUUUCUCUGAAGACGCAAGAGCUAUAUGCUCUUGUCUUUGUUACUCGCUACUUGGACAUAUUUACAGACUUUAUUUCACUAUACAAUACUACAAUGAAGUUGGUUUUCUUGGGAAGCUCUUUGUCAAUUGUGUGGUACAUGAGGCAUCACAAAAUUGUUCGCAGAUCUUAUGACAAAGACCAAGAUACUUUCCGUCAUGUUCUCCUUGUGGUUCCUUGCCUUGUAUUGGCUCUUGUUAUACAUGAGAAGUUUACCUUCAAGGAGAUAAUGUGGACCUUUUCCAUAUUCUUGGAAGCUGUCGCCAUCUUUCCUCAGCUUGUCUUGUUGCAGAGAACAAGAAAUAUAGACAACUUGACUGGACAAUACAUUUUACUCUUGGGCGCAUAUCGGUCACUUUACAUCUUGAACUGGGUAUACCGCUACUUCACAGAACCACACUUUGUACAUUGGAUAACCUGGAUUGCAGGCCUCGUGCAGACGUUGCUUUAUGCUGAUUUCUUCUACUAUUACUUCCAAAGCUGGAAGAAUAACACUAAACUCGAACUUCCUGCCUGAGCUCAUAUAGAAGUAAACAAGAGCUGGCUGAAGAAUGAUCCCGAUGAACGUUUAUAGGCUAGGGUUAUUCUCUGCCCGUCCCCCGUCUGGAUUUUCCUUCUUUUGUUGGCUAUAACUAGGUCAAGAGUAAGAAAAACAUGAUACAAAUCAUAUUUAGAGUGUUUGCAUCAAAAAUCAUGUCUUUGCUGCUAAGUAGAUUGUUAAAAAGCAUAUUCUUUAUGUAACAAGAAAACUUUGUGACUUCAUUUUUGUUGUACUAGAGAUUUUGUUUCUUGGACUUUAUUAUUAGUUCAAGAAAAAAGAGAAAAGUAUCACAACUUCUCUUUUUAAA